CUAAAGAGUCGCGUUAAAAAGCGUUAAAAAGAGUCCAGACAAAGGACUGUGUGUCGACUGUGGUGUCCUCGGAGUCGGAGCUGCAGUCCCGUUAAGACAGAAGCAGAGAGAGAGAAAGAGAAAAACCCUAAACCCCCUAUUUCGCUUUGUUCGUUGUUCAUCUUCGUCGCGAUGAAUACCUCCCAAGCAACUCGUGCGGCUCUGUUUCUCAACGGUUCCAAUAGACAAACGACGCUUUUGCAGCGAAGCUCAACAGGUCAAUUGUGGGGUUCCGUUAGAUUUCAUUCCCCGCAGCGUCUGUCUCUGAAUCGAGCGAAAGCUGCUGGCUUGAGAUGUUCUGCUCAGACUAAUAAGCCUGGAGCAGCUGUUUCUACUGGCUCUGUUGUUUCUGUCGAGGAGCAACCGAGCUUGGUCGAGAAGCCGGCUGCAGAGGUUAUCCAUUUCUAUCGCGUGCCUUUGAUUCAAGAAAGCGCAAACGCUGAACUCCUCAAGUCGGUUCAAACCAAAAUCAGCAACCAGAUCGUCAGUUUGACAACAGAGCAGUGUUUCAACAUCGGGCUUGAGUCGAAGCUGGAAGACGAAAAGCUCUCGGUUCUUAAGUGGAUUCUUCAAGAAACAUUUGAGCCAGAAAAUCUAGGUACGGAUAGUUUUCUUGAGAAGAAGAAGCAGGAAGGUCUCCAUGCUACAGUUGUUGAAGUUGGUCCCAGAUUGUCUUUUACAACAGCGUGGUCCACCAAUGCGGUUUCAAUAUGUAGAGCUUGUGGGUUAAACGAGGUGACUCGCUUGGAAAGGUCGAGGAGGUACCUCUUGUUCAGCAAGGAGCCACUGUUGGAGAAUCAAGUAAUGGAGUUCGCCGCGAUGGUUCACGAUAGAAUGACCGAGUGCGUGUACUCACAGAGGCUGACGUCGUUUGAGACAAAUGUGGUUCCCGAGGAAGUGAAGUACGUGCCUGUGAUGGAGAAAGGUCGGAAGGCUCUGGAAGAAAUCAACCAGGAGAUGGGUUUAGCCUUUGAUGAGCAAGACUUGCAGUACUACACUAGACUUUUCAAAGAGGACAUUCAGCGUAACCCAACAAAUGUGGAGCUUUUUGAUAUCGCUCAGUCCAACAGCGAGCAUAGUCGACACUGGUUCUUUGCUGGGAAAAUUGUUAUUGAUGGGAAGCCAAUGGAUAGGUCUCUUAUGCAGAUUGUAAAGAGCACUUGGGAGGCAAAUAAGAAUAAUUCCGUCAUUGGGUUUCACGAUAACUCAAGUGCAAUGAGAGGCUUUCUGGUGAACCAGCUACGGCCUCUACUUCCUGGUUCUGCGUGCUUGCUUGAUCUGAGUGCACGUGAUCUCGACAUAUUGUUUACUGCUGAGACCCAUAACUUCCCUUGUGCUGUGGCUCCAUAUCCUGGUGCUGAGACAGGUGCUGGAGGUCGAAUCAGGGAUACGCAUGCAACAGGAAGAGGCUCUUUUGUGGUUGCAUCCACUUCUGGUUACUGUGUUGGGAACCUCAACAUGGAGGGAUCUUAUGCUCCAUGGGAAGACUCGUCUUUCCAAUACCCACCGAACCUAGCCUCGCCUUUAAAGAUACUCAUCGACGCUAGCAAUGGCGCCUCAGACUAUGGGAACAAGUUCGGAGAGCCGAUGAUUCAGGGAUACACCAGGACUUUUGGAAUGAGGCUGCCGAGUGGGGAUAGAAGAGAGUGGCUGAAGCCGAUUAUGUUUAGUGCAGGUAUUGGACAGAUUGAUCAUACUCAUAUCACUAAAGGGGAGCCAGAAGUUGGGAUGCUUGUUGUCAAGAUUGGUGGACCUGCUUACCGUAUUGGCAUGGGAGGAGGUGCAGCUUCGAGUAUGGCUAGUGGCCAGAACGAUGCAGAGCUUGAUUUCAACGCUGUGCAGCGUGGAGACGCUGAGAUGGCCCAGAAGCUGUACCGUGUUGUCCGUACUUGCAUUGAGAUGGGCGAGAAGAAUCCCAUUAUCAGCAUUCAUGAUCAAGGCGCUGGUGGGAACUGCAAUGUCGUCAAGGAGAUUAUUUAUCCAAAAGGUGCAGAGAUUGACAUAAGAGCGGUUGUUGUGGGUGACCAUACUAUGUCGGUGUUGGAGAUAUGGGGAGCAGAAUAUCAAGAGCAAGAUGCCAUUCUGGUGAAAGCUGAGAGCCGAGAGAUUUUGCAGUCGAUCUGUAAGAGGGAAAGGCUUUCAAUGGCUGUCAUUGGAACUAUUAACGGGGAGGGUCGCUGUACUUUAAUUGACAGCACAGCUGCGGCGAAGUGCAGUAAAGAAGGGCUACCUCCACCUCCUCCUGCUGUAGAUUUUGAACUCGAGAAGGUUCUUGGUGAUAUGCCUAAGAAGACUUUUGAGUUCAACCGCGUUGCUUAUCUACGGGAGCCACUUGAUAUUGCUCCUGGGAUUACAUUGAUGGAUUCUUUGAAAAGGGUUCUGCGAUUGCCAUCAGUUUCUUCGAAGCGGUUCUUGACAACCAAAGUGGAUAGAUGUGUGACAGGUCUUGUUGCACAGCAGCAAACAGUUGGACCAUUGCAGAUCACCCUUGCUGAUGUUGCGGUCAUCGCACAGACGUACACAGAUCUAACAGGUGGUGCAUGUGCUAUUGGCGAGCAGCCGAUCAAAGGCCUGCUUGAUCCAAAAGCCAUGGCUAGACUAGCUGUUGGAGAGGCUUUGACAAAUCUGGUUUGGGCAAAGGUCACUGCACUUUCUGAUGUUAAAGCCAGUGGUAACUGGAUGUAUGCUGCCAAGUUUGAAGGAGAAGGACCAGCGAUGUAUGAUGCUGCAAUUGCUCUAUCUGAAGCGAUGAUCAAACUUGGCAUUGCAAUUGAUGGUGGAAAAGACAGUCUUUCGAUGGCAGCUCUCGCGGAUGGUGAGGCUGUUAAAGCUCCAGGAAAUCUUGUGAUCAGUGCCUAUGUUACCUGUCAAGACAUAACAAAGACAGUGACUCCGGAUCUGAAGCUAGGAGAUGAUGAUGGUGUUCUCGUGCAUGUUGAUUUGGCCAAGGGAAAGCGGAGAUUAGGUGGAUCUGCACUGGCUCAAGUGUUUGGUCAGAUUGGAAACGACUGUCCUGAUCUUGAUGAUGUCCCAUAUCUGAAAAACGUUUUCGAGGGCGUUCAAGCUCUCAUUUCAGAGAACUUGGUAUCUGCGGGACACGACAUCAGCGAUGGUGGACUAGUUGUAACAGCUUUGGAAAUGGCUUUUGCUGGAAACAGAGGUAUAAACCUCAACUUGGCUUCGAACGGGAUAAGCCUCUUUGAGACUUUGUUUUCUGAAGAACUCGGUCUCGUUAUGGAGAUUAGCAGCAAGAACUUAGACACUGUGAUGGAAAAACUCCGUGGUUUCAAUGUUACUGCUGAGAUCAUUGGGACAGUGACUGACUCUCCUUUGAUAGAGGUGAAAGUUGAUGGGAUUACUCAUUUGAGCGAGAAAACUUCAUUCCUCAGAGACAUGUGGGAAGACACCAGUUUCCAGUUGGAAAAGCUGCAGAGAUUGGCGUCUUGUGUAGACAUGGAGAAAGAAGGUUUAAAGUUGAGGCAUGAGCCUAAUUGGAAGCUCUCAUUUACUCCUUCCUGGACCAACAAUAAUCAUAUGUCCAAGGAUGUUAAACCGAAAGUAGCUGUGAUCCGAGAGGAAGGCAGCAAUGGAGACAGGGAAAUGUCGGCUGCAUUUUACGCCGCCGGUUUUGAACCGUGGGACGUGACAGUGUCUGAUCUUCUAGCCGGAUCAAUCACUCUUGAUCAGUUCCGUGGGAUUGUGUUUGUGGGAGGGUUUAGUUACGCGGACGUCCUGGACUCAGCCAAAGGAUGGGCUGCUUCAAUAAGGUUCAACGAGCCUCUCCUCAGCCAGUUCCAGGAGUUCUACAAAAGACCAGACACGUUCAGCCUCGGAAUCUGCAACGGAUGUCAGUUAAUGGCAUUGUUAGGAUGGGUUCCUGGUCCUCAAGUUGGCGGGUCACUCGACACGUCGCAGCCGAGGUUUGUUCACAACGAAUCAGGAAGGUUCGAGUGCAGGUUCACAAGCGUUACCAUAAAGGACUCGCCAUCGAUAAUGCUGAAAGGGAUGGAGGGAAGUACUUUGGGAGUUUGGGCAGCUCAUGGAGAAGGACGGGCUUAUUUCCCGGACGAAGGAGUCUUGGACAAUAUGCUUCACUCAGAUUUGGCUCCAUUGAGAUACUGUGAUGAUGAUGGCAGCGUGACUGAAGCUUAUCCUUUUAACCUCAAUGGUUCACCUUUGGGAAUAGCGGCUAUAUGUUCACCUGACGGGAGACAUUUGGCGAUGAUGCCUCACCCUGAACGUUGUUUCUUGAUGUGGCAGUUCCCGUGGUACCCGAAAAGCUGGGAGGUUGAGAAAGCUGGGCCGAGUCCGUGGUUGAAGAUGUUCCAGAAUGCUAGGGAUUGGUGCUCUCAGCUAUAGAAUCCAACUGUUUAAGCCUCAUUUAAACUUUGUCUGCAGGAUUUUCUGUUUUAUGUACGUUUUGGGUGAUGCAGAGUUUUUUGAAAGAAGUUUCGUAAGAUUCUCUUGACAAUUUGGUCUUACGUUUUGUUUCAAAUGAUAAUGAAUUUUUCAUAGUAUGAAAGUUGUAACCGAUAUAAUCAUAUGUUUCCGAAAUUUUGAUUUAUUAAUGUCCUAAUAAUGAGACAAUCUUGGAACCACUGACAGCUUUCUUCUCUGCAAAAUCUUUGUUUCAAACAUACUAGUCAAGUACAUAGAGUUCGAUCAUCAAUUCGUUUGCACUACAACAAUGUCAAAAACUUAAGCUUAUUUGCUCUCUUUCCCCCUUCCUUCUUCUACAUUGUGUUCAAUGUGUAUAAAUUAAAUCAAAGAAUGCAAUUCUCCAGCCAACCUUUGGUUCUUCUCUUCUGCAUAAUCCUUAAAUGCGCUUUAAAACGAGCAAAUAGAUCAUUUGUUUUUCAAGGUCGCAUGACCGGUAUCAGCAAUAUGCUUGAAUAGUUUUGACCUGGACUCAAACUCCUCUCCGCAUCUAUCACAUUCGUUAUUACUGGUUUUCUUCGAUGUGCCCUGCAUUUAAAUUCCUCUGGUUGAUUUCUUUGAUCUAGGAGCCUUGUGAUGUUCUAUAUAUUCAGUUCGAUCCUCAAACGUUUCUGAACGAGAUUCUUCCACGUCUCCAUUUCGAUCUUGAGUAUCAUCAGCUUCACUGCUCUUCUUCUCCAUUAACCCUCCAAGAUUAUUCUUAUCCUUAACCUUCUUACUUCUGCGCCUCCUCCCUGUGGUCUUUCUGUUAUCAUACUCCAUUAGAUCUGGCUCAUCCUUCUGAGAAUCCUCAAAUGCUCCAGAAGCUGUGUUCGAUGCAUCCACAUUGUCGUCUUCUGUAACACCGUCGUCUCCGGGUAUCUGUGCCUUGCUGGCAUCAUCCGUCGUGUCUUUUCCAGCGUUCCGUUUAUUCUUCUCCUUACCUUUUCUAUUCCUACCUGUGCUUUUCUGGUUAUCAAAGUCUCUGAACUCUGCUGUGUCGCUCUCAAUCUCGACUUGAGCUUCAUCUUCUUUCCUUGACACAACAUUCUUUCGCUUGUUCUUCUGCCCAGAUACCAUUUUCUUGAGCAGACUCAUCUCAUCAUCGCCAUCCUCAUCCUCACUUUCACUAGAUUCUUUCACAUGCUCCUCUGCCACAAAAUACUCCUCAUCAUCAGUUUCUUCAGCUUCCCCUACAACUUCCUCCUCAAUAUCCUUUUCUUUCACCACUUCUUCGUCGUCGAUAUUUAAUCCCUCCUGAAACUUCUCAUGGAGCUCCUCUACAGUUUCAGGUGGCUCAACCGGCCCAUCAUUCUCUUCCUCAUCUUCUCUCAGCAUUUCGUCUUCUAUAUCAAAUGACACUCUCAACUCCGCCACUUUCUCUUUGUGCUUCUUCGACUGUUCAUGGUUUUUCCACUGCUUCUCACUUUUGAACUUCUUGCUACAAACAAUGCAAUAGAGCUGCUCGUUCUUCCUCUUUGCAUCAUCGUCAUCAUCCUCUUCCACUGCUUCUUCCUCCUCCUCGUCCUGAGCCUUUGCCCAAUCAGGCUCCUCGUAGUUCAUAGCUCUCUCCAAUCUCUCCUUCUCCAUCUUCCUCUUCCUCUCCCUCUCCUCCGCCUUCUUCAACUCCAUCUCCGCGUUCUUCUUCACCAUCAUGUCAAUCACUCUCUUGUCCCUCUUCUUGACAAACUCCGCCAAGCCUCUCACGGUCUCGUUAUACUCUCUCUUGGCUUUCUUCCUCACCUUCUUGUUCUCUUCCUCCAUCAACCUUCUCGACUUCCGGUUCGGUCCAGCCAUCGCAUCAUACUCAUCCACCCAGCAGAAAUCCAUAACAGUGCUGAAACCUAACCAGUAAUUGUAAAACGCCGUCACCUGUGCGUACGGACUCUCGAGAUUCCCCAUGAUCGGAGCUUCCCUCACAGAGUCCAUCGCCAACCCUAGCGUCCUCGCGAACUUAAUCUCGUUGAGGUAUACACUGUUAAAGACAUCGAAAUACACCUUGUAGAAUCCCUUCCCGGUGUCAGAAUACCCGGAAUAUACAGUGGACGAGAAGAAGGCGAAUAGAUCCGGGACGGAGCCGCCAGGCAUUCCACCGGAUUUCGAGCCACCGGCGGAGCCAUGGUCGGCGAAUAGAAUCUGAGAUCGGUGGGAAUCGUACCAGGCUCGCUCCUUUGGAUCGGAUAAAACCUCGUAAGCGUGAACGAGCUCUUGGAACUGGGCGGUGGCUUCAGCCUCGGUUAUUCCACCGGCCUUGAUAAGCUUGUCGGGGUGACGCUGCAAAGCCAACCGCCGAUAGGAGGAUCGAAUCUCGUCCGGCGAUGAUUCCUUGCUGAUACCGAGAACCUCGUAGAGGCAUCGUUUAUCCGCGCGAGAAGAAGACGCCAUCUCCUUCUUAGGGUUUAGGCUAAUUCCUCUUUUGUUGUCGUUUUUAAACGCAUAACCAGUUCAAGCUGUCCGUCCGAGAUUUGACUAUUUGAGAUGUAUUUAACAGUCCGA